UGUUUAUGUCUGUCAGGUUUCCGAUUGGGCGCCGUGUGGAUGUGUGAUGAGCAUCCGCGCGCCGUGGGCGGGAACAGUCGUGUUUAUAAACCACAGUACGCGCGCCGUGGACGGGAAGACUGGAUCGUAGCGAUUCGAAAGCGAGAGGGCGCGCGGCAGCGGCGGGCGGCUCUGGCAGACUGGAGCUUGUGGAGGAGGCGCGGCUUCCACUGCCCCUCCACCGAAGCAGCUGUAUGGACGACCACCUUAGCCUCCUCCACUCGCCUCCGCCUUCCUCAAGCAAGCACCGGGGCAACAACCUCGUGAACCACGGCUACACCGAAAACGAGCAAGACAUCAUGACAAUUGUUGCUUGCGACAACAUGCUGGAGGAGUCGGCGGCGCUGCACGGACACCACUCGCUGGAGCGCUACGAGCCAGACCACGAGUGCUGCGAGAGAGUGGUCAUCAAUAUUUCGGGCUUGCGCUUCGAGACACAGCUCAAAACCCUGUCCCAGUUCCCCGAGACUUUACUUGGCGACCCCAAGAAGAGAAUGCGCUACUUUGACCCACUCAGAAACGAGUAUUUCUUUGACAGGAAUCGGCCGAGCUUCGAUGCCAUUUUAUAUUACUACCAGUCCGGGGGGCGUAUUCGGAGACCCGUGAACGUUCCUAUUGACAUUUUCUCCGAGGAGAUACGCUUCUAUGAGCUCGGGGAGGAGGCCAUGGAGAAAUUUCGAGAUGAUGAGGGCUUUAUAAAGGAUGAGGUGCGUCCGUUGCCCUCUAAUGAAUUUCAGCGACAGGUGUGGUUGCUGUUUGAGUACCCGGAGAGCUCGGGUCCGGCCAGGGGCAUCGCGAUCGUCUCGGUGCUGGUCAUUUUGAUAUCCAUAGUUAUCUUUUGUCUGGAAACGUUACCCGAGUUCCGAGACGACAGAGACCUGACGACGGUCGCCCCACUUCUGAACGUAACUAACCCUUACCUCACGAGUCCCUUCUCUGACCCGUUCUUUGUCGUUGAGACUCUGUGCAUCAUCUGGUUCUCGUUCGAACUGCUCGUCAGGUUCUUCGCCUGCCCGAGCAAAGCCACGUUCUCCAAGAACAUCAUGAACAUUAUUGACAUCGUGGCCAUCAUACCCUAUUUCAUCACUUUGGGGACCGAACUCGCGGAAAGGCAAGGCAACGGCCAGCAGGCGAUGUCCUUGGCCAUUCUCCGGGUCAUCAGACUAGUCCGCGUGUUUCGGAUUUUCAAACUCUCGCGGCACUCGAAAGGGCUCCAGAUUUUGGGGCAAACGCUCAAAGCCAGCAUGCGAGAGCUGGGCUUGCUGAUCUUCUUUCUCUUCAUCGGGGUCAUUUUAUUCUCGAGCGCCGUCUACUUCGCCGAGGCGGAUGAUCCCGACUCGGGCUUCAACAGCAUCCCUGAUGCGUUCUGGUGGGCGGUGGUAACCAUGACGACCGUGGGAUACGGCGACAUGCACCCGGUCACCAUAGGGGGCAAAAUCGUCGGCUCCCUGUGUGCUAUUGCGGGCGUGCUAACCAUCGCGUUGCCAGUGCCAGUCAUCGUGUCCAAUUUCAACUACUUUUACCACAGAGAGACUGAGGGAGAGGAGCAGGCGCAGUACCUCCACAUCGGCAGCUGCCAGCCUUUGUCCUCCUCCGAGGAGCCGAAGAAGACGCGGAGCACUUCUUCGCUCAGCAAGUCGGAGUACAUGGUCAUUGAGGAGGGCAUCAACAGCGCCUUCAAGCAGCCCAACUUCCCCGCUCAGAACAACGAGAACUGCGUGAACAUUAAAAAGAUGUUCACGGACGUGUAGGCUUCUAGACGCGUGUCCGCGUGAUGAUGGCAACGCUAGGUUCAUGUCAUGACAGUCAAGUGCUGCUGAGUGUGUCGCCCUCCAUUUCCACGACGCAGAGGAAAUGGUUACAUGUCUAACGCGCCAGUCCCAUGCAGUGUUCAUCACCUGUUUGACUGAACCAUUUCACUGUGAGGAGGAAGCCGCUAUGGGCUUUCAGUCCGUUUGCUUUAGGCAGUGAGGAAGGAGACAGAAGCGGAUGAAGCUUUAAAGGAGUUUAAUCUCUGGAGGCCGGAUUGCCUGUGUGGACCCCAGCUUGCCAAACGUAGGGGCUCGUGGACUGUUCCCUUCUCCUCCACACUUCUGAGAGGAGGUGCCUUCAAAAAAUAAAUAAAAUCCCCCUCGUCCAGCCUCCGGGCCCUGAUUUCCCCCUGGCUAGACAGCCCCAGCGCACCACUUGCCUUUUCUAUGUUCAGUAUUCUGUCUUUUUACCAAAAGAAGAUGGACUCCUGUGUUGAUGUGCUGUUUCUGCUGCUAAAUGUAAGACUGUAAACUCCACAUAAGUGCUCCUACACGCUCCCACCGCCGUAGCCCAGCAGUGUGGAGGGCAGUGCUAGUUAUGCUAGCUCCAUCAGUUGUCAUGUGUCGUCAGGCUGUGAUGUCGUCUUUGACGUUGCUCUAUAAACUGAUCAUCAUAAACGUGAUGCCUCCUUGUCAUUUUUGAGUGGCGUUGGUUACUCGUGUCUUUCUCUGGUCCCAUCUGUCCGUGUGUCACAUGCCAACUUCUAUCAUUCUAAUGGCCGUUAUUUACAUGUGGAAUCCUUUCGUCACAUGGCAUUCAUCACAC